GUACCGUAGGUGGCGGUAUGCACCUAAAAGUUGGUUUGCCAUCCGCCAUAAAACAACAUCAGAAGAAUAAGUCUCUUUUAUGGGUUUUGUCCUCCAUUAAUACAGCGCACCAAACAUGUUCAGGUUCUCGGAGCUCGUGGUGCUCCUCGGUGCGCUGUCUUACACCGCGAGCGGAUAUUUUGUGACCAUCGACGCUCACGCGGAGGAGUGUUUCUAUGAGCGCGUGAACUCGGGCACCAAAAUGGGCCUGAUGUUUGAGGUCACCGAGGGAGGAAAUCUGGACAUCGACGUGGAGAUAACCGGUCCGGACGGGAAGCAGAUCUAUAAAGGAGACCGCGAGUCCAGUGGCAAGUAUUCUGUGGCCGCUCAUAUGGACGGAAGCUACAAGUUCUGCUUCAGCAACAAGAUGUCCACCACGACCCCUAAGAUUGUGAUGUUCACCAUCGACAUCGGCAAGGCACCCAAACAGGGUGGCCGCGGGUCCUUAAAAAGUCUUAAAAUGUCUUAAAUUCAGAUUCGGUGGGUCUUAAAUAUCUUCGGUCUCAUUACCGCAAAAGUUUCACCAGUCUGACGGACCCAGUGACUGUUUACAAUCAUUGGACAGAUGUAAGAUUAUUUUUCCCCCGCUGUAGUUAUUGCGUCAUCAGAGAGAGUUGCAGUAGCAGAAUGCAGGUUGAACACCACCAGCUCGCUGACAAGCCUCCGAGCUGCUUUAAAUGGGUUAACGCAAGUUUACUGAAAAAUUGCUCAAGGAUUUUACUUGCCCGACGGGACAAAUAGCUUGAUUAAAACUUGUGAUAUUUUAUUACAUUCAGCAUAAACAGCGAUUGAUAAUAGUGUAUUUCUGGUAUCAGUGUUGCGCUGUUGAGGCUGAUGCUGCCUGUCUCUGUGAGAGACUUAUACGGAGAAAUCAAAUCAAAUGAGCAUAACGACAAACAUAAAGAAACUCACAGAACAAACAUACUGAGGUAAAAAUUCUAAUGUUUAGUUUAUUUAUAACAUGAUGAUGAUGAUAACAUACCAUGACAAGGGGACUAUUUUGCUAAAUAUUUUCAUGAUUGCAAAUGUUACAUUGAUUUUGGCUCAAGAAACAAGUAGUUAAGUAGUUACUUACAUUUUAGACAGAAUAUUGACUGUUUUGUUCUAUUUCACCAAUGAAAAUAGUUCCAAACAAAGAUCAGAAGUAUUGCACAUUCUCCAAGCAGCACUGGCAUGUUUGUUGAAUGAUUCAGUGUUUUGAAUGAAUCGGUUGAAUGAAUAAGUGACUUGCCGCCACCUACUGGUGCUUUAGUUAGUUUAAAAGUAUGUAUUUUUCCACCAACAUUUCUUAUUUGUAUAUUCAAAAAAAUGUAUUUUAAACAUUAAUCUCCUAACAUUAUUUAUUUUGUAUGGGAUAUCGUCUUCAGAUAUGAAAAUUUCUCUGUAUAUCGUAAUAAUAAAUAGCAUUUUUGACAGUG